CAGAGAGCAACGCCUCGGCUCCGUCAGUCAAGUGGAUGAAACUGCAAAGUGUCCCGUGAAAGAUGCAGAAGAUGAGCUUCUUCUUCCCCCUGCUCUUGGUGUGCUUGGAUGUGUGUGCGUUGCACGCCGUCAGCCUGGCCCAGCUCUCGCCUCUCUUCAUCUCCCAUCCACUCCUCACCCAGUGGGGGGCAGGGGUGAUCCGGGCCUGCCUCCUUACCUUCUUCACCGUCACCUACCCUGGAAACCAGUCGUGGAUGAGCAGCUUCGGGGGGAUCCAGAGCUUAGGGGUCCUUUGCUUCCACUUUCCAGUAUACAAAACUCUUUUGUGGGUGCUCGGGCUGUCCACCAUGGAGGAACUGUGCGGCUGGCACUCGUGGGAAAGGGUGUUACAGGGUUAUGUUGUGACAGUAGUGGCCUGGCUCUACUGGAGCCGAUACGUGUCUUCUCUUUUGAUCUCCUCGGGCCGGUACAUCUCAUCCCUGUUCACGAAGACGCCCUCUGAGAAGCCUGAUGAGGACACCGUCACACUUCUGAAUAGACUGCUGGGAUACAUGAAGCCAUAUUUCUGGCGCUUCGUUGCCGUGCUUGCACUCGUGUUUCUCUCUUCCUAUGGUGAGAUGGCGAUCCCUCAGUACAGUGGUCGCGUGGCUGACUGGAUCACUAAUGAAGAAGCACCUGAUGCAUUCACAGAGGCAAUCACAAUCAUGACAUUAAUGACCAUCGCCAGCGCUGUCCUUGAGUUUUUAUGUGACCUCACUUACAACAUCACCAUGAGCCACAUCCACACCUCAGUGCAGGCAAUUGUCUUCCAGGCUGUGAUGAAACAGGAGAUUGCUUUCUUUGAUGCCUCUCCCACUGGUGAACUGGUGUCCCGCAUCACCACAGACACCAAUGAAAUGAGCGAGUCGCUGAGCGAGGAACUAAGUCUUGUGAUGUGGUACACAGCACGUUUUGGCUUCCUCUUGUUCUUCAUGGUGUGCCAGUCAUGGAAAAUGACCUUGCUCACUUGCAUGGGACUGCCCAUCGUCUGGGUCAUACCAGAACUCACCGGACAUUUCCACCAGUCUAUUGCUAAAAAUGUUCAGGAGUCACUGGCUAAGGCCAACCAGGUGGCCACGGAGACUUUCUCCUGCAUGAAGACAGUGAGGAGUUUUGCCAAUGAGGAUGGCGAGACAGAGAAGUACAGGCAGCGGCUGGAGGAAACUUACAACCUGAACAAAAAGGAAGCGCUUGCCUACGCAGCCUCUACCUGGUCCAACAGCAUGACCACUUUGGCCCUGAAGGUCUUUAUUCUGUACUAUGGAGGGACUCUUGUGACCAGGGGGACCGUCAGCAGUGGAGACUUGGUGUCCUUCAUCCUUUACGAGCUACAGUUUGCCUCCGCUGUUGAGGCCAUCAUGCGUUAUUACCCAGAGGUGAAGAGGGCCAUCGGUAAAUCUGAAAAGAUCUUUGAGUAUGUGGAUCGGAAACCUCAAGUACCCCCAGACGGCUCUUUGGCCCCUGAAACUCUUCAGGGACACAUUCAAUUCAAAAAUGUCCGAUUUUCAUAUCCUGGCACAACAGAUGAUAAGAAUAUUGUGCUUGAGGAUGUGUCGCUGGAGAUAAAACCAGGUCAAACCACUGCCCUCGUUGGGCUCAACAGAUCAGGGAAGUCCACCUGUGUCAAACUGCUCGAGAGGUUUUAUCAGCCGCAGGCAGGGGAGAUCCUCCUGGAUGGAAAACCACUGACGAGCUACAAAGACCAGUUCCUACACGACAAGAUUGCUGUGGUGAGCCAGGAUUGUGUGCUGUUUGCUCGCUCGGUGCGGGAGAACAUCAAGUACGGCUACAAGGAAGCCUCUGAUGAGGAGAUGUACCACGCUGCCAAGAUGGCGAGCGCCCACGAGUUCAUCUUGGGGCUGCCAAAUCAAUAUGACACAGGUUCAGA